AUGUGUGGUAAUGACACGCAUAACUGGGAUGAUCGCGUACCCAUCGUCCAACUUGCACUCAACAUGAAAGUCAAAGAGCGUACUGCCAGUACCCCAUUCAGUCUCAUGUUUGCUCGUCAAGUUAACAUCAAUCCCAAUCCAAAUAAACUCAACCUCAAUGGACGUCCUGCACUAUCCAUUCAAGAGCUCCAACAGCGUAUCGAACACAUGAAUACCAUCGUGUUUCCUGCUCUCCAAGAGCGUACACAACGGCUUGCUGAGGAAUACAAUAAGCGUAUGGAUAAACGUCGAUACAUCCUACCUGAACUAGCCUUUGACUCUCCUGUCAUGGUCCGCCUUGAAGAAGGUCGUUCAUCCAAACUCGCGCCUCUCUAUGCUGGCCCAUAUUUCGUUGUCAAGCGUACCCAAGCUGGCAAUUACAUUCUAAAAGACGAAACCAAUUCUCUCAUGCAUCGUGAAUAUACUCCUUCUGAACUCAAACCUGUCAACAUUGAUGAAACUACCAUUGAAGACGAAAUCUUUGAAGUUGAGGACAUUCGCGAUCAUCGCUACCGCGAUGAUGAUGAGAUCGAAUACCUAGUUAAAUGGGCUGGUUAUUCUGAACGUGAAAAUGAAUACAUUACAGCUGAUCUGUUCUCCUCUCCCAUUCCAAUCAAAAAAUACUGGGAAAAGGUCAAGCUCAACAAGGAACUGCAACAUCAAAGACAUGCACCACUACCUACAAACAAACGCCCCUCAAAACAGGCUGGUAACAAGCGAAAAGCAGGCACUGAUCACACAAGCCGCGAAAACACUCGCCGCAAACAUUAG